AUGUAUCUGUACAUGCAAGCAGCUAUGCAAUUCAAACCAUUGUCAGCAAGGAGUGUUGAGAUUGGUUGGGGCAAAUACAACCUUGACACAUCCAGAUCAGCGUAUUAUAUGUUCGACCAAGUUCUGGGAAAUACAGGAUCACCUGGUCAAUGGUUUUUUAAAGUUGGUGAAAAAGUAAACUAUAAAAUGAUGUGUAGAUCAUGGUACCAAACUAGUCCGAUUGCUGAAUAUUUUGCAAUUGAAAGAAAAAACACAGAAAUGCCAGCUUGUCCUUGUAAUGAAUUGGUGGCUAUAAAUAGCCCUCUUUGGGUGUCAUACAGUCUUAUCCAGAAUGAAAGUCACUGUUUUGAUUUAUUACCAUACUAUAGUGAAUAUGGAAGACGAUGCUGUUACCGGACAGAUGGGAGUUUCAGUCUUGAAACCAGAAGGCCGCAAGCUGGCAGCCUUCAACGCUACAAUGCUUUCAAUUCUCUAAUACACAAUUCUAAAGAUCAUCACAUAAAUGACAUUGAACCAAAAAACUGGUGCUGUUAUCUGUCAAAUUUGUGCGAACUCUACUAUGUGUUAAGACCAAAUGUGCAAUGUAUUGCAAGCAGUUGGUCUAGAGCAUUUUUGUUUGGCGAUCCACACAUUAUUACUUUUGAUGAGCGAUUUUAUAUAUUUAAUGGUCUUGGAGAAUAUAAAAUAUUGGAGGUGAAUGGCAUAGCAAUUGACAAAGCUGAAAUCAAUUUUAUAAUGCAGGGUCGAACCUGUGCUGCAUUCAACAGCAAUGGAACAAAAACAAGAGCUGCAGUUUGGUGUGGUUUUGUAUUUAAAAAUGGAGAUGAAAACACAUUAUCAGUAGAAGUUAGUCCUAGCCGUGAAAUGAUGAUUAUAUAUGGAAACAAUCGAGAUUACUCAGCACAAUUUCAAAAUGAACAUGAGUUCUUUGCUAUGGAAAAUGGAAUGGUGAUUAGAAAACAAAAUGGGUCGUUAACAGUUUCUUUUGGAGAAAGUGUUGGAGCUACAGUUUCACACAUAUAUGGUUUUCUUGAACUUUCUGUAAGCUUGGAUAAAAAAUACCAGAAUAUGACAAAAGGACUUUUGGGCAAUUUUAAUGGAAUUAAAACAGAUGAAUUUUUCUUUCAAAAUGGUUCAAAGCUCUCUGAUGAGUCAUCCGAGAGACAAAUUUUUCAAUUUGUCCAAAGUUGGGCAAUAACCCAAUCAGAAAGUUUAUUCCAGUAUGCCUAUGGACAAAACACAUCAACUUUUUCUUAUCCAAAUAACAAUCCUUUAUUUUAUGAGGACCUAGAUAAGACAAUAACAAAUUAUUUCAACACACUAUGUAAUGGAACAUUUAAAAUACCAUGUAUAUACGAUUACAUUGCAACUUUAAAUGAAAGUUUAGCAAAACAUUCAUUAACAGUAGCUGAUCAGUUUAUAAUGGACUCCAUCAAUAUGGCAAAUCAAGGACCACUUAUUAAAUUAAACCAAACAUAUUUUGAAGUAUAUAGAAAUAAACCUUUUUACCUUAAUGCCAGUGGCUUUGAUAUUGAUGGGAACAUAACACACUUUAUAGUGUUAGCAAAUGUAAAUUAUACUGAAACACAACAUGAGCAAAGCACUGCAAUACAUAAUGCAACAUCCAGCUUUAGAUUUAUAGUUACAGAUCUUAUUCCAGUAACAAUAGGAAUAACAGCUGUUGAUGAUAAAAACCUGCAGUCAGAAGUUAUCCCAUUGUCUCUUACUCUCUGUACUGGUUGCAGUAAUCAAGGAUCAUGUAACUUUUCUGUUACCAGACCUACCACAUCUCCUUAUUUCUCAUAUGCAACCUGCAACUGUAACUCUGGUCAUAGAGGAGCUGAAUGUGCAGAAGUUAGUGAUGGCUGUGCUUUGAAUUCUUGCCCAUUAGGAUGUGUAAAUAUUACAAAUAAUUUAGAACAGGAAAAUGGAAUAUUUUAUAACUGUGUAAAAUGCCCUGUUGGAUUUAAUCUUAGCAUUGCUAAAACCAAGUGUGAGGACUUAGAUGAAUGUCAAACAUCACCAUGUGAUUCUUUUGCUGACUGUGAAAAUACAUUUGGUAGCUUUGUAUGCCACUGUCCUAGAGGUUACCAAAAUAUAAACAACACUUGUGUAGACAUUGAUGAGUGUGCUAACAAGUUAGAUAACUGUGAUCAAAUAUGUAUCAACAUGCCAGGGAAAUUUAAUUGUCCAUGUUUUUCUGGUUAUAAACGUGCAAAUAAUACAUGUGUUGUCAUAAAAACAGAUACAAAUCAGUGUAAAUCACUAAAUAAAACAUGUGAGCAUGGCUGCAAUGGCACUCAAGGCUGUUUUUGCAAACGCGGAUAUAAUCUUACACAAGAUGGCAUCCACUGUGAAGAUGUUGAUGAAUGCAAGGAAAAUAUUUGUGCACAUAACUGUAGUAACAGUGUUGGAAGCUUUACCUGUAGUUGUCAACUUGGUUACAAGAUAAACAGCAAAGAUGCUCACAAGUGUGAUUCCUGCCCUGAUAAUAUGUAUGGGUUAAACUGUGCCUCACAAUGUGAAUGUAAGGGCCAUGCUGUACGAUGUGACAGUAUCAAGGGCUGUAUCUGCCAAGACAAUUGGAAGGGAACAAACUGUGACAUUGAAGUUAAUGAGUGUGUAGAAACUCCAGACAUUUGUCCAGCUGAUCACUACUGUACAAACACCCAGGGAUCCUACACAUGUGACUGUCCUACAGGAUUUGAAGAUAUCAAUGGGACUUGCAUCAACGUGAAUGAAUGCAACAACAUAUUACUAAACAAGUGUUCACAAAACUGCAUUGAUAUGCCAGGCUACUACAUUUGUGAUUGCUUUAAUGGUUUUACCAAGCUAUCAAAUGGGACAUGUAAUGAUAUCAACGAAUGUGAUAAUGGCCAAUCUGGCUGUGAGCAGAUCUGUUUGAAUGUUCCAGGGAGUAGCUACUGUGGUUGUUAUCCUGGUUAUAGAUUAAAGGAUGACAGAAAGACAUGUGAAAAAGAUGCAGUGGAUCCAUGCAUCAAUUCUAAUUUAAGCUGCAGCCAUGGAUGUACAGUUAUUAAUGGAACAGCCCAGUGUUUUUGUAACAUUGGCUUUAUAUUUAGCACUAAUAAUUUUGAAUGCAUUGAUACAAAUGAUUGA